CGUCAACCACAGUCCCGCCACAAUGACAACCGACACGAGGCGACGCGUCAAGCUAUACGCACUGAACGCAGACCGGCAGUGGGACGACCGGGGCACCGGCCACGUCACGUCCAGCUACGUCGAUCGGGUUAAAGGUGUCUCCCUGCUGGUGCACGCCGAGAACGACGGCUCGAUGCUGCUGGAGAGCAAGAUCCAUCCGGACACGAUCUACCACAAACAACAGGACACGCUGAUCGUGUGGAGCGAGGGCGACAACUUCGACCUGGCGCUCAGCUUCCAGGAGAAGGCCGGCUGCGACGAAAUAUGGGAGAAGAUUUGCCAGGUCCAGGGCAAGGAUCCGUCGGUGGAGAUUACGCAGGACGUGGUGGAGGAGUCCGAGGACGAGCGGUUCGAGGACAUGUCGGACUCGGCGCCGCCCAUCGAGCUGCCACCGUGCGAACUGUCUCGGCUAGAGGACAUCUCGGAGGCGAUCGCGAACGGGCUGACGUCGCAGAUCCGCAAGGACAAGCUGGCGCAGGCGAUCGAGAGUGAGAACUACAUCAAGAAGCUGCUGAGCUUGUUUCACAUUUGUGAGGAUCUGGAGAACCACGAGGGGCUGCACUAUCUGUACGAGAUCUUCAAGAACAUCUUCCUGUUGAACAAGAACGCGCUGUUUGAGAUUAUGUUCGCCGAGGACACGAUCUUCGACGUGGUGGGAUGUUUGGAGUACGACCCGACGGGGAAUCCGCCCAAGCAGCACCGGCAGUAUUUGAAGCAGCUGGCCAAGUUUCGGGAGGCGAUUCCGAUUCGGAACGGUGACCUGCUGGCGAAGAUCCACCAGACGUACCGAGUGCAGUACAUCCAGGACAUUGUGCUGCCGACGCCGUCGGUCUUCGAGGAUAACAUGCUGAACACGCUGUCCUCGUUUAUCUUCUUCAACAAGGUCGAAAUAGUCACGCUCAUCCAGGAGGACGAAAAGUUCCUGGACGACCUGUUUACGCUGCUGACCGAUCCGACCACGUCGGACGCCAAGCGGCGCGACAUCAUCCUCUUUCUGAAGGAGUUUUGCAACUUUGCCCAGUAUCUGCAGCCGCAAAGCAAGGAAACGUUCUACAAGACGCUUAUCAGCCUCGGGAUCCUGCCGGCGCUGGAGAUUACGCUCGCCAUCAACGACAAGAAGACGAAGGCGGCCUCGAUCGACAUCCUGACGACGAUCGUCGAGUACUCGCCGUCGAUCGUGCGCGACUACACGCUGCAGCAGUACAACAACUCGGACACGGAUGAGGAUCAAACGCUGAUCAACAUCGCGAUCGAGCAGAUGCUGUCGGACUCGGAGCCGGAGCUGGGCGGGGCGGUGCAGCUGAUGGGCGUGCUGCGGAUACUGCUCGACCCGGAGAACAUGCUCAGCUCGGUCAACAAGUCGGAGAAAUCGGACUUUCUCAACUUCUUCUACAAGCACAGCAUACAAACCCUAACUGCCCCCCUGCUGCUGAACACCCUCACGGACAAGCCCGCCAACGAGGACUACCACACGGUGCAGCUGCUCGGGCUGGUGCUGGAGCUGCUGUCGUUCUGCGUCGAGCACCACACCUACCACAUCAAGAACUGCAUCAUCAACAAGGACCUGCUGCGGCGGAUACUGGUCCUGAUGAAGAGCACCCACACGUUCCUGGUUCUGGGCGCGCUCCGGUUUCUCCGGAAGAUCAUCGCGCUCAAGGACGACUUUUACAACAGGCACAUCGUCAAGGGCAACCUGUUCGCGCCGGUCGUGGAUGCGUUCAUCCGGAACAACGGCCGCUACAACCUGCUCGAGUCCGCCAUCCUCGAACUGUUCGAGUUCAUCAAGAUCGAGGACAUCAAGUCGCUGUACACGUACUUUGUGGAGAACUUUGGCAAGUUCUUCGACGACGUCCAGUACGUGCAGACGUUCAAGACGCUCAAGAACAAGUACGACCAGCAGCAGGACCGGCUCAAGGAGAAGGAGAAGGGCGGCGGCGGCGGUCUGGACAGCGUUCCCUCGAUCCUGCGCAACAGCAGCCGGUACCGGCGGGACCAGCGCCAGCUCGACGAGGAGGAGGAAAUCUGGUUCAACGAGGAGGAAGACUUUGCCGACAGCAACAGCAACAACAAGGCCGGCUCGCCGGAACUGGACACUAGCCUAGGUAAAAUCUUCGACAAGAAAUCGUCGGACUCGUCCUCCCCGCCGCCUUCCGCCGCAGCCACCUCAGUGAACGGCCCCAAGUACAGUAGUAGUAGCACCAGCAGCAGCAGCACUAGCAGUAGUACCAACAACAACAAUGCCAGCAGCAAUACGACCACCUCGCCGUCGUCGUCGCCGCCGCACCAUCUCUCCCAGCUGAACAACAACAACAACUCGGCGGACAGUAUCAGCACGGACCUUAACAGCAACAACAGUACUAGCACCAACACCGCGACCUCCAGCAGCAGCAGCAGCACGUCGUCCGCUUCGUCGUCCGUUGGCGAGGUGGCCGUUACGUCCAUCCACGAGGCCCUCCAGCAGCAGCAAGAACUGCUCGAAGCUUCCGAGGCCAAUCUAAAUCUUACGUCCUCCUCCUCCCCCUCCUCGAGCGUCACUCCGUCGGACGAGCUGACGACAACGGAAACGACCUCACUCAUUUCGGCGUCAACGACGGCGACGACGAGGGACCGUUCCCAGUCACCGCCGCCGGUCAACUCACACGACGAAGAAACACCCGCCACGGACGACUACGAAGUCACCCCAGCCAAGGACGGCGGCAGCUGUAGUCCCGCGGUUGAAUCUCUGGAGGCCGUCGCCGACGACGUGCUGGAGACGUCUAAAAGGUUAGGCCUGGAUGCGGGCACGGCGGAACCGGCCAUCACGUCGACGUCGACGUCGGAGGCCAGUCCGGAAGAGGAAGAAGCAGAAGAAGAGGUGAGGCAAAACUGUACUGCCGACAGCAACAGCAACAGUUCCAACGGUGAUAUCAGCAGUGUUCCAACGAGUGCGGCGGGAGUGGCUCUCGAUGCCGCGCCGGAUGUGGCAGAGCCAACGGCGACGGCGGCAGCGGCGGAAGUGACUGGGGAGAUGGAUGGUGUGACGGAGGAGAAGGUAGAUGAGGCGGCGGCACCAGCGGCGGUGAACAGUUUGAAGAAGGGUCUGGUGGACUACGAGGACAACUCGGACGAGGAUGAGGAUGACGACGACGACAGCGACUGCCCCGCACAAAAGAAGCCAAGAAUAGCAUAGCAGCAGCAAAUGCGUCAUCACCAUCAGCAGCAGCAUAAUCACCAUCAUCACCCGAACCACCACCACAACCACAACUCCCAGCCGUCGUCGGAGGAAAAUUCCGUUGACGCCGCCGUCUCUAGUACCGAAACAACAGCAACAACAAAUUAUACAUAAUUCAUAUAAAUACAUGUGUACGCUAGAGGUUAAAAUAAUUGCUAAUUUAACACACACACACACAUGCGUGAGAACGGGGGCGAAUUUUUAAUUAUUACAUUGGCUAAUAAUUGAAGCUGUAAUUUAAAGAGGGAAAUGAAGAUGCGCAGCAAAAUGUUGUUGGAGGGGGAAAAAUGGAAGAAAAACACAUCCACGCAGAGAAACUGAAUACGAAUAAGUCUAAUAUAAUUAUUAAACUAUUAAAGAAGGUAAGCAAACAAACAACAACAAAAACGCAAAAGAUCGUAUUAAAAAAAUCAACCACACGCUACUACACACCCAACUUUUACUACACACUUAAACACGUGAAGAAGAAGAAAGAUGCGCGCGCGGCUUAGUUGAAAAAGCAGCUGCAGCAAAAAGUAAAAUUUGUAAAACAAUAUUAUUGUUUGAAAAAAAGAAAAUCUACGCCGAAAAACAGGAUGGAGAUAAAAAUAAUAAUAAAAAAACACAAAACAAGCUUUUCAAAAGUGUGUUUUGAACGUUGUUUAGGGAAAAGAAUUAAGUAAAAUAAAAAGCUACAUACUAUUUAAUGGAUAAAAGAAAAACGAAUCGACGCGAAGCAAAAUUGGCUCGCGCCAAACGGCAAACAUUUUGCACCUUUUGAACAAUUGUAAACAAGACAAAACAAAUCAAACAAAAAAAAACUGUUGACCAUUGAACAUGUAAAGUGUGCUGAACAAAAAACAAAACAUUUAACUGUCCUCGUGUUCCGGUUUGAAAUUUCAGAGGUGUGAUUCUCUGCCGGAAAGGUCUUGCGAGCUGCUUUGAAUCGGAAAACAACUAUUUAAAUCCUCCGGGAAAACGACAAACGAAACGUGAUCUGCCUUUUAUUUGUCGUUUCCCCUCCCCCCCCCCCCUGAAAUUCCACCUUUCUUGUUGGGUAAGCCGCUUUCGGAGUCAAAAAUCCCGCAUUGCAAGCCGAAACUUUCGCUCCCAGACCGGCUUGUCGGUCAAAUAAUUUGAUCAUCUUUUUUUUGUGUGCUGUAAAUAGUAGUUACUGGUAACUGUAAUUAGCGGGUAAGCCAAAUUCUCGUAUGAAAUAAAAGGAAAUCAACAAAUUAAAAGAAAAAA